CAGAUGAUCACAGCGACUGGCGAAGAGCAGUUCACCCGAGUUCAACUACAAAGUUGAAGGGAAGCUUUGCCCACGGCGCGUGUCGUUUACUCCUUCAAACUGGUACAGAAUCUCGGCUCAUCUGGUUCGGUUUGCCGGGAGUAAACUGACCUUGCCCAUAACGUCCCGAUAACGUUGUGCUGGAUGGAAAGAACUUUCUUCCCUCACCGAGUGUAUCAGUCACCGUCACAAGCUGUACCGGGAAGCAAUUGGCUGCUGUUAAGCGAAAGAUGAGGUUGUUUGUAAACGUGAUCGUCAGUGCUGUGCUGGUGGGAAUUGUUGAGCAGGUGCAGUGUGCCAACAUCCUUGUGCUGAUGAGUGUAGUGUCUCAGAGUCAUUUUAUAUGGAUUCGUCCCAUCGUGAACCGAUUGGCAGAAGAGGGUGGACAUAACGUUACAGUGCUCUCGGUUAAUGUGGAUACACGUGCACCGAAAAAUGUCACCUACAUACACCUGGAAAACAGCUACAACACGCUGUACGGCAAUGGGACACAGGCGCGGAACGAUAUACUGAAGCGAUCGCACGAAUCACCGAUGGCUGCCACCAUUUCGUUCUAUAAGUUUGGAUUGCUAGGAUGUGAAGGAGCUAUAACCUCCAAAGGACUGCAACAACUUCUCCAGUACCCUGGCGACUUCCGCUUCGAUCUUAUCAUCUACGACUUCACCUGUGGCCCAUGUUUACUGGGAUUGCUUCACAAGUUCCACUAUCCCCCGCUGGUGAGCGUGACCGGUUUUGGAGUUCCUCAAUUUACCGAGCGUCUCAUUGGUGGACACAAAGCUUCCUCCUAUGUACCUCAUUUCACGCAGCUCACUGACAACCCGUUGCCCUUCACGCAACGUUUCUCCAACACUCUCAUACACCUGUUCGAUGCGCUCUACCGCCAGUUUGUGUUUUUACCACGAUUAACACAAAUAGCUCAGCAAGCAUUCGACUUCACGCUUCCCGACCUGACCGAACUGGAGCAAAAGACACUGAUUAUGCUUACCAACUCUAACUCGGCGCUGGACCCUCCGGAAAGCAUGCCACCGAACGUGAUCCCCGUCGGUGGACUGCAAAUCGUCGAUCCCAAACCUUUACCAUCGGAGCUGCAAAGCUUCAUUACGAACGCCCCCAAAGGAGCUAUCCUAUUUGCGAUGGGAACUAACUUUAAGAGCAAAAUGUUUACGCCCGAACGGCAAGCAAUGUUUCUGGAAGCGUUUGCCCUCUUCCCGGACUAUCACAUCCUCUGGAAGUUUGAUGACGAUCAGCUGCCGCGGCAAGCGAGCUCCAAUGUGAUGGUGCGUCCGUGGUUACCCCAGAACGACAUACUGGCCCAACCCCGCUUGAAGGCUUUCAUCACACACUGUGGGCUGAUGAGCACACAGGAAGCAACGUACCAUGCCGUACCGAUGAUCGGUAUUCCGAUAUACGUCGAUCAACAUCUGAACCUGCACCGAACCGUCCAGGCAGGGGGUGGAGUUAAGCUAGACUUAGCGAGCCUCACCACUGCUAGCAUCGUGACUGCACUGAGGCAAGUGCUUGAGAACGAUUCCUAUCAGCAAGCGAUCGAUAAGCGAUCGGCACUGUUCCGUGAUCAACCGGAGAAACCAUUGGACCGUGCGGUCUGGUGGAUAGAGUGGGCAUUAAGACAUCCGAAGGAGGAUCGUCUUCGCUCGAGCACAGUCGAGAUGAGUAUGUUCGUAGCCAACGGGUACGAUGUGGCCGUAUGCAUAUUCCUGCUUGCUGUAGGACUCUUACUAGCGACGUGGAAGAUGCUUUCUCAUGUGUGUCACAUACCCAACGCAAGACACAAGGAGAAACUCAAAUAAAUUCAUGGAACUCGUCAAGGAACUGUAUCCAUUAACCCAAAUGUAUUUCAAUAAAAAAUGUAUUUAAAAAUUAAACAUGCAUUCAUUAACAA